ACGCGGAGCCGCCUGCCGGUCCUUUAACAAUGGGCGGCGCGAGCGCCCCGGCGCUGGGCCCGAGCUGAGGCCGGCGCUUCGCGGCCGACUGUCCGCAGCAUGAGCGGGGCCGGCGUCCCCCGCACGCUGGCGGGGCUGGGCCUGUGAGGGCCGCGGUUCCGGACUGAAGUUGCCGCGUCUGGCCAGGCGCGCCGCCCGGUCCCAUGGAGCUGGAGGGUCAGUGGUGGCGGGGACAGCUGGCUGCCGAUAUCCAUCAAGCUCUUCGAUACAAGGAGCUGAAGUUACCUUCCUACAAAGGCCAGUCCCCUCAACUAAGUCUUAGAAGGUAUUUUGCUGACUUGAUUGCCAUUGUGAGCAAUCGUUUCACCCUCUGCCCUUCUGCCCGACAUCUUGCUGUCUAUUUGCUGGACCUGUUUAUGGAUCGGUAUGACAUCUCUAUCCAGCAGCUGCAUUUAGUUGCACUUUCCUGUCUGCUUCUAGCAAGUAAAUUUGAAGAAAAAGAAGAUAGUGUGCCUAAGCUGGAGCAGCUCAACAGCCUGGGUUGUAUGACUAAUAUGAAUCUAGUAUUAACAAAACAAAAUUUGCUACAUAUGGAACUAUUAUUAUUAGAAACCUUUCAGUGGAACCUCUGCCUUCCAACAGCUGCCCAUUUCAUUGAGUAUUAUCUCUCCGAAGCCGUGCAUGAAACCGAUCUUCAUGACGGCUGGCCAAUGAUUUGCUUGGAAAAAACUAAACUCUACAUGGCCAAGUAUGCAGAUUACUUCCUGGAAGUAUCUUUGCAAGAUUAUGCCUUUCUAAAUUAUGCACCUUCUUUAGUAGCUGCAGCAUGUGUGGCUUCUUCAAGGAUUAUACUUCGUCUUUCUCCAACGUGGCCUACAAGACUGCAUCGUCUUACUGCUUACUCCUGGGAUUUCUUAGUGCAGUGCAUUGAACGGCUAUUGAUUGCUCAUGAUAAUGAUGUGAAAGAAGCAAACAAACAGAGAGGACAGGCAGGACCUCAGCCAGCACAACUAAGUGUGUUCCAGACAGCCUCCCAGCCCUCUCGGGCAGUUCACUUUCAGCAGCCUCAGUAUCUCCAUCAGACACAUCAGACCUCGCUGCAGUAUCGCCAUCCUGUAUCGGAACAACCAAGCUGUCAGCAGAUUGUAUCUACCACACACACCUCAUCUUACACACUACCGACAUGUCCUGCUGGCUUCCAAACUAGUGUUCAGGGCCUUGGGCACAUGCAGACUGGUGUUGGGAUGUCACUGGCAAUACCAGUAGAAGUUAAGCCCUGUCUGAAUGUUUCUUAUAACCGUAGUUAUCAGAUAAAUGAACAUUACCCUUGCAUUACUCCAUGCUUUGAAAGGUGAUUUUAUGCGAAGGUAAGACUGGUAACCCAGACUGUUUGUGACUCAAAGCUCUGGGGCAAGCUUUUUGUAAACUUCUCUUCAAAAGGAAAGGGAUCCAA